UUGAAAAGUGACACGAGACGAAAUCAGUCAUUGUUGUUGUGGAAUACUUUUUUAAAUCACUAUAAAUUAAAUACUACAUGAACGUUAAAAUUUAACUUGAAAUGUUGAUAAUCAACAAGGGUGUCGAUUAAUCUUUAUUAGCCUUUAGCUGGCACGCCUGAACAAUGGAGUCUCAUCCACUGAAUUUGGCGCAUCAACAACAUCGUCGUGCUGAUGCUCAUCUAAUAAACAACCGUUAUGAUGAAGCGAUGCAGUGCCACCAUAAUGCUGCUGAAUUGUUGCUUGACGCUAUGAAAUCUACGACGUCUUCAGUAGCAUUGGAGUCCAUAACACUUCAACACAGCUACCAUCUCAAACAAAAAGACCUAAUUAAAAGCAAGAAAGACCAAUAUGCACGCGUUAAAAAGGCGAUGGACACUAUUAAGUGUCUUGGCAAGGAUCCAUUCUCAAACCUUCAGGGUCAUGAAUACGCUAAGCUUCAAGUCGCAAUAUUCAGAGCUAUAAAUGAAACAGACUCUCUAUUACACUUUUUAUCUAAUACAAAUGAUAGCCCUGUAGAACAAAGGCUAUUGAGAGACAGAAUACUCCCUACAGGGGAUGUUACAGAUGGUUUUAAGACAGAGAAAACACAAGAAACUGUUAUAGAAGAAUUACGGAUACUGAGUCAAAAUCUGCACUCUCUAGUUGAACAGUUAGUACUACAAGUGGAAGUCCUUAAAGAUGAGAAUGUUACAUUAAAAGAAAGGGUAAAUUAUUUAGAAAAAGAGAGAGUGAGGUACUUAAACCUCCCUUCAAGUGACUUUCAUCAGAACUUCUCCACCUUAAGCAUGGGGACUGAGAGUUUGCCAAUGGAGUCUGCUCAGAGAGUACCUGUCAUACCCAUACCCACGUCAGCAGGCCCAGUUGACCCUAACUUUGAUUUAACAGCUUUGCGCGAAUAGUACUUAAAUACAUUAAUUGAUAUAAUAUGCCAUCAUGAAGGCAAAAUAUUGUAUGAAGAUAUUAAAUUUAACAUACCCUCUUCCUCAUAGACCUCACUAUUUAUGUAGUGAUCUAACCCAUGGUUCCCUAGACUUAUAAUAUAUUGGUGACUUAAUAAUUAAAUUAUUUGUUUUUGGUUGUUUUAUUGGUGUAGUUAUUUAUAGAAAUAAAACUCCAAGUGUCUUAUA